AUGCACGUCCUCAACGACUUGGGAAAGCUCAGUCGGGGAAAUCAUGUACCGCCCUCUGUCGUUGGGCUUCGUGUGGUUAACCUUUGCGAUUCCAGGGUAAAACUAAAAGUCACACUCGACGUUGGUAGUCCCAGUUAUAACGUAUUCCUGUUGCAUGGAUUGCGAGAACAUUCCGGAAGGUCCACUGGGUAUAUAACAUCCUCAGCCCUGAUCUCCCCCUGGAAUGACACUGUUGCCGCCCUUGCUUCCCACCUUCAAACCAAUCUAGUCAUCCACAUCAGAGCUGGUCGUGCUCCCAAAGCUCAACCCGAGGGCACAGCAGCAAUCCUUCAAUCCAUCGAUCACACUUACCCCGCAAUCGCAAAGCUCAAGAAAACGCAUCAGCAGCGUGACAACAGCGGGCGGUAUAUCAUAUCCCCGACCGAGCUUUCCCAAAUCCUUUUUAUAUCCUUGUCGCGUCUUGAUGAAUGCUGCCUCCUCGCUGGAGACAAAACAAUCAAAAUCAGUUGCCACAUUGAUGAUGCUAUAUAG